AACGAUUCCAUUAUUGAUAUAAAUAUUUCAGACCUAACAUUUUUAUUUUUAUAUACAUCUGUUUUUUCUACCCAAAUAUAUAUUACAUAUAAACCAUAACAUUUAUUUAUAAUGGAAGAAUAUUAAAUAGAAAUGAUGGGAUCUACAAAUUAAAUGAUCCCACAAUGGACGAGAUAUGCAUGAUUCCACAAUGGUGACUAAAUCACUAGCAGUUUUAGAAGAAUUUAGUGGUCGAACGUAAUGGACGAAGUUUUUAUAAAUGUAAUAGAGGCCAAAAACAGAAGAUGAAAAGAAACUACUUCACACGUCUCCUCGUUCUUUUCCGUCUCGACAUUUGAGCAGUCGGCAUUAAUUAUCUUAUUUUUUGAAAUAUUAUUACACAAAAAUGGCUUUUGGAGAUGUUAGCAGUGAAAAAGGAGUCAAGGAACUUAAUAGCUUUCUUGAAGAUAAAAGUUACGUAAAUGGAUUUUUGUUAAGCCAAGGUGACAUUGACGUCUAUAAUAAAAUAAGCAAAACCCCUGGAGCAAACGUGCCUCACGCCUUACGUUGGUAUAAUCAUAUCAAAUCAUUCUCGUCAGAUGAACUAAAACAACUAGGAAUUUCUGGUGCUAGUCCAUUGAAAGCCGGUACUACAACCACAGCUGCUGCUAAAGAUGAAGAUGAUGAUGAUGUCGAUCUAUUUGGGUCUGAUGAAGAAGAAGAUGCAGAGGCAGCUAAGAUUAGAGAAGAAAGACUCAAAGCUUAUGCAGAAAAGAAAUCUAAAAAGCCUGAAUUGAUUGCUAAAUCCAGCAUUGUACUUGAUGUUAAACCUUGGGAUGAUGAAACAGAUAUGAAAGAAUUAGAAAAAGUCACUAGAUCUAUUGAAAUGGAAGGAUUGGUAUGGGGUGCCUCAAAACUCAUGCCCGUGGGAUAUGGUAUCAACAAACUGCAAAUUAUGUGUGUUGUUGAAGAUGCUAAGGUUUCAGUAGAUGAAAUGGUUGAAAAAAUUCAAGAAUUUGAAGAUUUUGUUCAAUCAGUUGAUAUUGCUGCUUUCAACAAGAUUUGAAGUAAUUUUACUGUAUUUGUUCUUUAUUUCAGAUUACAUUUCUAAAUAACCA